AAAAAACAAUGAGUAAAAAGGAUGAUAUUAUAGAAAUAAACCUUGAAGAAAAGAUUUAAAAAGAGAAACGAAACAAAUAGAAUUUUAGAAAAGGUUUCUAAGAGAAGAGAUAGAAAUUAUAAGCAUUUUUUAAUGAUAGGAAGAGAAAUGACAAUCGUAUUCCUGGAGCAAUUGUUGAUAUAACGAAUUUACAUUAUAGUGUUACAAAUGAUGAAUUGAAAGAGCUUGCUUAACAAUUUGGAAAAGUGAUAAGAGCUUAAGUAGAAUGGGAUAAAAUGGGAAGAUCUUAAGUAAAAAAAUUAAUUAUAAUUCAAAGGAAUAAGGCUUCAUAGAGUUUUUUUAUGUUUCAGAUGCAAAAAAAGCAGUUGAAACUUUAAAUAAUACAACAAUUGAGAGUUUACCAAUGAAAGCUUAAUUAAGAGAUUCAACUAUGAAAAGAGGCAUGUUCAAGCGAUGAUGAAUAUUAAUGU